ACGACGGACGGACGAGGUACGGUUUACGUGAAUUCGAAGAAGAGAAAAACCAUAAUAGGAGACAGAGAGAUGGACAAAACUGGAGACAAACCCUUGGAAAGUGAGGAGAGCAGUUUUAGGACAACUCCCGAGUCUUGCUUUACUGUGAACAGCCAUACAGGAGAAAAACCUGGAGGAAAUGCUUCAUCGCAACAUCUAGCAAAUCACACCGGUGAGAAAUGCUACAUGUGUGGGGAGUGUGGAUACAGGGCAGCUAAAAAGUCUCACUUAUCCCAGCAUUUGAGAGCCCACACAGGAGAAAAACCCUACAAGUGUGGGGAGUGUGGGUACAGGACAGCUCAAAAGUCUGACUUAUCCCGACAUAUGAGAACCCAUACAGGAGAAAAACCUUAUAUGUGUGAGGAAUGUGGAUACAGAACAGCUCAAAAGUCCACCUUAUUUCUGCAUAUGAGAACUCAUACAAGAGAAAAACCCUACAAGUGUGACCAGUGUGACUAUUCUGCAGCACAGAAAUUUGCUUUGAACCAACAUCUAGCAAAACACACUGGUGAUCUACCGUACAUGUGUGGGGAGUGUGGGUAUAGGACAACUCAAAAGUCUGACUUAUCAAAACAUAUGAGAACCCACACAGGAGAGAAACCGUACAAAUGUGACCAGUGUGACUAUUCUGCAGCACAGAAACCUCAUUUAGUCUAUCAUCUCACAAAACACACCGGUGAAAAACCCUACAUGUGUGGAGAGUGUGGAUACAGGGCAGCUAAAAAGUCUCUCUUAUCCCGACACAUGAGAACCCAUACAGGAGAAAAACCCUACAAGUGUGACCAGUGUGACUAUUCUGCAGCACUUAAAUCCACUUUGGACAUACAUCUAUCAAAACACACCGGUGAGAAACCCUACAUGUGUGAGGAGUGUGGAUACAGGACAGCUGUGAGGUCAAACCUAUCCCAACAUAUGAGAACCCACACAGGAGAAAAACCCUACAAGUGUGACCGGUGCGACUAUUCUGCAGCACGAAAAUUUGAUUUGGACAAACAUCUAUUGAAACACACUGGUGAGAAACCCUACAUGUGUGGGGAGUGUGGAUACAGGGCAACUCAAAAGUCUCACUUAUCCCGACAUAUGAGAACCCAUACAGGAGAAAAACCCUACAAGUGUGACCACCCAAAAGUCUCACUUAUCCCGACAUAUGAGAACUCAUACAAGAGAAAAACCCUACACGUGUGACCAGUGUGACUAUUCUGCUUCACGAAAAUCCAACUUGGACAUUAAUCUAGCAAAACAUACCGGUGAGAAACCCUAUAUGUGCGAGGAAU